UCACUGCCUAACCCAAUUCGCCAAAUCCAAUCGCGACGGUGGUGGUGGUCUCGUCCUUUCUCUCCUCCUCUUUCUUAUUCUUCUUCUUCUUCUUCUUCUCCUUCUCCUCCUCCUCCUUUUUCCCCAUACCACACAAUCAAAAGUCGUCUUCUUCCUUUUUAACCCGAGACCCAAAUGCUCUGUCACAUCCCCACCCAGUUCUACUACUAGUCCGUUUCGCCAUGUGCACUGUAGCCACUUCGCCAUAAUUGCCCCAAAAACCCCCUAGGGUUUUCUUCUCUCAAUUCGGAUUCACUUCGAUUUCUCACCUUAUGGACCUUCAGCAAAUUCAGGUCUACAAGCCGGCUAUCGGCGAGCACGCGGAGCGGCAGCCACGCGCGGCGGCGGACGGCGCGGCGGAGCUGAUGAGCGUCGAUCAAUGCGAAUCCAUCCGGCACCUCGACGAUUCUCAGCUCGUAGGAGAUUCGGAGGCGGUUGCGUGUAAGGAGGUUCAUAUGGCUGACGUGGCAGUGGUCAAAGAGGGGAAGAGUAGCGUAGCGGGGAGAAAGAGGCGGGGUCGGCCGCCGGGUGGGCAGGGGAGACCUAAAACGAUGCCGUUGAGGAAGAAGAACGAUGAGGAGGAUGUUUGCUUUAUUUGCUUUGAUGGUGGGAGCUUAGUGCUUUGUGAUCGGAGGGGAUGUCCUAAGGCGUACCACCCCUCCUGCAUCAAGCGGGACGAGGCCUUUUUCAAAUCAAAGGCCAAAUGGAAUUGCGGUUGGCAUAUAUGUAGCAGCUGCCAGAAGGCCUCCCAUUAUAUGUGCUAUACUUGUACAUAUUCAUUGUGCAAGGGAUGUAUUAAAGAUGCUGAUUACCAAUGCGUACGAGGAAACAAAGGAUUUUGUGGAACAUGUAUGCGAACUAUAAUGCUAAUUGAAAAUGUGCAAGGGAAUAAGGAAGCGGCUCAAGUGGAUUUUGAUGACAAAAGCAGCUGGGAGUAUCUCUUCAAGGUGUACUGGAUACUUUUGAAAGGGCAACUAUCAUUAACUCUGGAUGAUCUUAUUAAAGCUAAAAAUCCAUGGAAAGGAGCUGCUGCUGUUGUGGCUUGUAAGGGAGGAGCUUCCGGUGAAGUUCAUAUUGGUCAUAAAACAAAUGAUUCAGGUUCUCUCAACUCUUGUCUGGACCUAGAAGCAGCAAAUUCCAGUGGAUCUAAUAAAAAGCCUAGAAUUGGUGACGGAGGGAUGUCUUUCGCUGAAGGCACAAAUUGGGCAUCGAAGGAGCUCUUGGAGUUUGUUGCUCAUAUGAAAAAUGGUGAUGUAUCCGUGUUAUCUCAGUUUGACGGCCAGGCACUUUUGCUGGAGUACGUAAAGAAAAAUAAUCUUCGUGACCCUCACCGAAAAUGCCAAAUUAUUUGUGAUCCGAGGCUCAGAAAUCUGUUUGGGAAAGAAUGUGUUGGUCACUUUGAAAUGUUGAAGCUUCUUGAAGAUCACUACCUUAUAAAGGAAAGUUCCGUGUCAGCGAAUAUUAUUGGUGCUGGAGUUGUUAAUGGUGUUGCUGCCGAGAUGGAGAUUGAUGGGAAUUAUGACAAUCAAAUGAUGAUGUGUAGUGAUAAGAAGCGUAAAACACGUAAAAGGACUGAUGAGAGAGUACCCCCUACUAACCGAGAUGCAUAUGCAGCUAUUGAUGUUCAUAAUAUUAAUUUGAUCUACUUGCGGCGCAAUUUGCUUGAGAAUCUACUUGACGAUGUUGAUAAAUUUCAUGAAAGGGUUGUUGGUUCAAUUGUGCGAAUAAGAAUUUCUAGUAGUGAUCAAAAGCAUGAUACAUAUGGGCUUGUGCAAGUUAUAGGGACCAACAAGGUUGCUGAAGGCUAUAAAAUUGGCACUCGAACAACUGAUAUGAAGCUUGAAAUCUCAAACUUAGACAAGAAAGAGGUCUUACCAAUUGAUCAGAUCUCUGAUCAGGAAUUCUCUCAGGAUGAAUGCAAACGGUUACAUCAGAGUAUAAUAUGUGGGCUGAUCAAACGAUUUACUGUGGGUGAGAUUCAGGAUAAAGCAAUGGCACUUAGAGCAUUUAGAGUAAAUGAUGAGCUGGCAGCUGAGGUUUUACGGCUUAGUCACCUUCGUGAUCGUGCAAGUGAAAAAGGACGUAGAAAGGAGCUGAGGGAGCUUGUGGAGAAAUUACAGCUUCUGGACUCGCCGGAGGAACGUCAGCGCAGACUGUGCGAAAUUCCUGAAAUACACAUUGAUCCUAAGAUGGAUCCAAGUUAUGUGUCUGAAGACAACACUGGAGAAUUAGACAAGAAACAAGGUCCGUACCAUUCAUUUGAUGGCAAGGUCAAAACAAGGAGAUCCGUCUUUGGUAGAAAGGGAAGGGAAUCUUUCUCUCCACGAAGGGAAGGUGGUAUUUCAAAUAAUAGUGGAAGCAAGGCACAGAACAAUCAAGUUAGAGAAGCACUGGGUAUAAAUGGAUUGAAUACAACAACCAACCAGGCUAAUCCCUCUGGUUUGGUUCGUUGUGGUAGGAAUAAUGAGUCAGCGGUCGAAUCUAAUAUAUCUUCCGAGGUUGCAUCAGAAAAUUCAUCAAUGUCCUUUUCUGCAGUGAUGAAGGCAAACCUACCUGUUGAGAGUUUUGAGAUGGAGAAGAUUUGGCACUACCAGGACCCCACUGGAAAAGUUCAAGGACCAUUUGCUAUGGUACAGUUGUGUAAAUGGGGUACAACUGGAGUCUUCCCUCCAGAUCAUCGAAUAUGGAGGAUAAAUGAGAAUCAGGAUGACUCCAUCCUUUUGACUGAUGCAUUGAAGGCGCAGUACUGUAAAAAACUAUUGUUGCCACAGGACAGCAACAUACAGUCUGAGGGAUUGAAAGUUGCCUUGGAUGGAAGAAACAAUGUCUUGGAUGGUGGAUGGAACAAGAGUAUGAAUGCAACUUCGAUAGAUGGUAGAAAGGUUGAAGAGAGCUGGAACACAAAGCAAGAUGGUCAAAGCUUGCAGAAUAGUGGUAAUACUGAAGUUGUAAGGAGCAAUACACCUGCAGAUGCUGUCAAUUCCAAUGAGAAACAAACUGGAAUCCAUAAUAGUGGUAAUACUGAAGUUGUAAGGAGCAGUACACCUGCAGAUGCUGUCAAUUCCAAUGAGAAACAAACUGGAAUCCACAAUAAUGGUAAUACUGAAGUUCUAAGGAGCAGUACACCUGUAGAUGCUGUCAAUUCUAAUGAGAAACAAACUGGAAUCCAUUUACAAGGAUGUGAGUCAGUGAAGGUUGAUAUUUCUUUGCCCAAUCAGCCCCAAGAGUGUAGUUCACUAACUUCGCCUGUGUUGUCUGUGAAACCAUAUGAAACCCUGUCGCACCAAGAAGGGGAGGGUACAACUGAAAAUGACUCUCAUCAGAAGAAUGGAAGUGUGGAUUGGCAACAGACUACUCGGGAUCAAAUGAAUAAUGAACAAGGUAAUGAGAACCGAUCUGAUAGUGAGGGUCAGUCUGUGCAGUCUUCUGCACAAAACUGGACACACCCACCUGCAAGUAGUCCUUCAAAUGGCUGUGAUUUUACCUCUGACUUUGUUCCUGUGGCUAAAACAUUUGAGACAUCAGAACAAGAUGAGAAGGGAUGUGAUUUUCCCAGUCCCACUCCAAAACCAAGCAAUGGAGACUUGCGAGGUCAGGCUUCUGAAAAUAAUCAAUCUCUGUCUUCAAAUCUUCCUGUUCAGGAUGGAGGACAUAGCUGGAGUGGUUCUAAUUUAGUUGGUGGUGGGGAACAACUUCACAAAGUAACUGGUGAUUGGGGUGGGUAUUCCCCAACCCCAGCCAAACCUUCUGUUGAGGAAUGGGACUCCAGUCUUGUGUCUGCAUCUUCUCUUAAACCAAGCGAGAUGCCCAGUGAUUACGUUGCCGCUCCUGUUUCAGUGAGUGGACAGCUGACUGAACCCAUCCCCUCCCAUCCUACCUCUAUUGCAUCUAGUUGGCAGGAAAUUCUUACUGAAACCAAUGAGUUUUGCACUUUAGCUGCUGAUGAGUCAGUUUCAGAUCUUCUGGCUGAAGUUGAAGCUAUGGAGUCCCUGUGUGGCUUGGCUACCCCAACAUCGACCAUGAAUUGUGGAGGGGAAUUUACAGAGGGUUCAAAAAACGAUAGCAUCAGUUCUGAAGAGGGAUUCAGCCCGGCACCUGAACCUGGAAAAGGUGAUGCUUUAAGCUCGACAUGCGAUUUACAGUUGUCCGAAGCGAUGGUGACAGAUGAACCACUUGGGGCACGUCAGGCAAGCAUUCUUGAUCUACAACAAAGGUCUGGUGUGCAUUCUUCCACAAGCCCUGAAUUGCACGGAGACAGAAAGCCUAGUGAUGUUUCAUUUAAUGAACUGGAGGCAAAUGUUUCAGCUGAUCAAUUGGAGUCAAAUGUUUCAGUUGACCAAAUGGAGGCAAAUGUUUCAGUUGACCAAAUGGAGGCAGGUGAGAUCCCAACGACUGCUCCAUCCAAGGAAUGUUGGGACAUGUCUAGUACAGACAAUCCAUGGAAAGCUAGGUUAGAAAGCAGAAAAACCAGUUUGGAAGCAGUUCAGGGAAAUAUAAAUGCGAAUUGGGGAGGAUCAGACCCUGGAGGCACAAAUGUGCUUGAUCUACAGCAGAAUUCGGGGGUACAUUCAUCCACAAGCACAGAAGUGCGGAGAAAGCCUAGUAAUGUUUCAGUUAAUCAACUGGAGGCAAAUGUUUCAGUUAACCAAUUGGAGCCAGGUGAAAUCCAGAUGACUGCACCAUCCAAGGAAAGUUGGGACAUGUCUACUGCAGACAAUCCUUGGAAACCUAGGUUAGAAAGCAGAGAAACCAGUUGCGAAGCAGUUCAGGGGAAUGUAAACGCAGGCUGGGGAGGAGACCGAGGAAGUACAAAUAUGGGUUGGAGAGGACCAGACCCGGGAAGUGCAAAUGUGGGUUGGAGAGGAGGUCAGGGAACAAUACAGGGAAACACAGGUGCUUCUGCCGGAGGGAUGUGGGAAGGCCAGUCAAGAUACGGAGGAGACAAAUCCUCUGGUCCAAGAGGCCGGGGUUUUCCAAAUAGGGAUAUAGGUUUUGGUAAGGGUAGGUUUGUAGGGAACAGGCAGGCAUUAUAUGGUAAUGGGAAUGGAGGAGGUUCAUUCAGGCCGCCUCCUCGAGGCCAGCGGGUUUGUAAAUAUCAUGAAAGCGGGUAUUGCAAGAAGGGAGCAUCGUGUAGUUACUUGCAUCCAUGAUUUUGAGUCUCCCACAGCAAUUAGAAACAUUAAUUCAGUAAUCACUGCUCAUUAGGAGGAUUUGUUGAUGCCAAUUCUGUAAGUGAACAUGUAUAAGUAGCCGUCAAGUGGCUCAGUGCAUAAUAAUUUUUUCAGAUAGCUUAGCAUUUUUAAUGACUCAGUACCCAUGUUGGGGGUACGUAUUCGAUGUUUGUUCUAUCUUGGCCGAUUAAUGGUGUCCAGAAUGGACGUUUUCCACUCA